AUGUACUUUGGAAAUGGUUCAACACGUAACUAUUUAUAUAUGAAGCAUUGUGCAAUAUGUGGAAAGAAUGCAGUAAAAGAAUAUUUCUCACAGACCUCAAGUUAUUAUAGGAACAGAGCAUCUGCUAAUUAUAAUUUCUGUAGUAAUGGAUGUAUGGAAGAAUUUGAUAAUACGAGAAAAUGCAGAUACUGUAGUUACUACGAAAAAUUGGUACAGGUGCCUUGUGGAUUCAUGCUUUGCACCAACUCUAUGAAGAGGAACAAGAUGAGUUGA